AGACUCUCAUCACUGGCCCAACAGCUCUUUAGUCACACUCACACACACUGAAACUCACGGUUCUCUUUUAUAUCUGCUUCAAAAUAGGCUUCUUCUUUAAAAACUUGGGCCUGGGCUUGAUUUUUAAGGCCAUUUAGCUCUCUCAAUGUAUACAUUUUAAUUUUUUUUAAAAAUUUAUUUCCUUUUACACAAUACACAAUUGCACAUACAUAUAUAUUCCUGAACCUUGACCCUAAUUCCUAACUGAACUCGCUCUCUCUCUCUCUCUGAGCCAAAAUCCCCAGUUGGGACGCACGCUGUAUCUCUCGCCCAUAUCGAGCCCUUAACCAUCUUUCUAGCUUUGCCUCUCCAGUCCUCACCGUCACUCUCUCUCUCUGCCUCUCCAGUCUCCGCCUCUCCUCACCGUCACUCUCUCCAGUCUCCGACUCUCCUCGCCGUCGUUUCCGCCCCUACCUUCCUCCAAAUCGUCGAUCGCGUUGAAAACCUCCUCCACGCUAUUGCUGUUUUAAUGGAGGGAGGAGACAGCUUGUUAGAUGCCAUCUAUGAAGAGGAUAACUUAGAAGGCAUUGAUGAUGUUGAGAUGCUUGAUGUUGAAGAAGGAGAGUUGGUGGAGCCCAAUUUACAUAAUGAAAAGGGAAAAAGCAGUGGUGGAGAUGUCAAUUUAGAAAUUCAAGGAUCUCAAAGUAAAAAUCGUGGGCUUCGGGCUAGAAAGAAGAAGAAUAGGAGAAAGAAGGGUGGCUCAAGGCCAGUUACAGACAUAAAUAGGUUUGUGUUAGAUACGUGUAGGCGUUUGAAAGAGAGAAAAUCAUACAUGGUAUAUACGGCUGUAGGUUGUUUGGGAGUUUCUGCAUUAAAUGAUCUCGUCAAAGAGGUGGAUGCAAUUCAGGCUUGUGGAGGUCAGAUGACUGCUGAUGGAAGCCGCUGUCGAAAUGGUGGUGGCAUAUUAUGGAAUAUCAUUAAAGCACGAGAACCAAAAGCCUACAAAGAGAUAAUGAAAAAAGUGCAGGAGUUUGAGAAGCAAUUCAAGCCAUCAAAUAAUAGACGAGGAGGGGAGCCAAAGAAGGAAGGUAAUUCACCAGGAACCACCCAUUCAUUUGCGGAAGGUACUCCUGCCACUUUUUCGGAUAAUUCCCAGCCAAUAUCUCAGAUGCAAAAUGAGCAGACAAAUACUGGUGGUAUUGAACGAGUGUCUGUUUGUGAUAGACUAAGGAUCCCAGUGUCUUAUGAUGAUGACCUUCUUGGAGAGGAUACGAAGGGUGAUGCAGCUUGAUUUUUGGAUCAUAAGAACUUUAUAUGGCUUGGUAUUGUAGGUUUCAUUCCCAGAUGAGGUGCCAGAUUAUUGUUGUGUUUAUGCCAUAGAUGAAACAAAAUGUUCCAACCCAUUUCCAUUUGGGUGGGGAUGGGCGAUAUUCCUUGUUUUGUACAAGAGAGGCCGCUGCAGUAUUGAUGAUAUUGGAUUUUGUUUUAAAAGAAAAUUUCCAAUAGAAUCUCAAUUGAAGAAUGAUCCUAAUCACCAUUUUUUGUGAUGUAUUCAUUGUUUUAUACGCACUAAGCCUUUUUGAUGGUGGAUUGUUCGUGAUUUAUUCAAUUGAUUCUCUUGCUA